AUGCUUCCAACUCCACCUGCAUCUCCAAAGCCCUCGGGACUAUGCCAUCCAGAGGACAGGAUCGGUCUGGUUAUAGCUGAUGGCAUUCAGCUGACUGGAAUCCUUGGMGUUGGUGCAUAUGGAACCGUGUAUGAGGCUUGCCAGCUGGGCACUGGAAUCCGAUAUGCUGUCAAAGUUUUGAACAAGUUGGGACUGGAUCCACGACAGCAGGAAUUCCAAAACCGCGAGAUCGUGCUCCACUAUGCUGCCAGUCAACAUCCUAAUGUUGCAUCCUUGGUGAAGAUCAUGGACAGCCCUGAGUGCACGUAUGUUGUGAUCGAAUACUGCCCCGAGGGUGACUUGUUCUCGAAGAUCACCGAGGAAGGCCACUACAUUGGAAACGAUUUCAAGGCCAAGCAUGUGUUUUUGCAGAUUCUUGCCGCUGUCCAGCAUUGCCAUUCCAAAGGAAUUUAUCACCGGGACCUCAAACCAGAGAACGUUCUCGUUAUGGACGAUGGUUGGACAGCCAAGCUCGCGGAUUUCGGUCUUGCUACUCGCGAGCGAGUCACCUCGGAUUUCGGUUGCGGCUCAACAUUUUACAUGUCACCAGAGUGCCAAAACCCCAACCCCAGCCCUUAUUCGUGUUAUGCCUCGGGUCCAAACGAUGUGUGGGCAUUGGGCGUCAUUCUGGUCAACCUGACAUGUGGCCGGAACCCAUGGAAGCGUGCUGCCAUGGACGAUUCCACUUUCCGAGCGUUCAUGAAAGACCGCAACUUUUUGCAGACCAUCCUCCCAAUCUCGGAUGAGUUCAAUGGUCUUCUCCAAAGAAUCUUCGAGGUUAACCCGCAUCGUCGGAUAACGCUCGACGAGCUUCGUGAAGGACUCAUCAGGUGCAGCCAUCUCACCACUCAGGACUCAUCAGCUCCUUCCACCGCACCACCUACUCCUCCGUACAGUCCUGUGGAGGUGCCUUUAGACUCACCAUCUGUGGUGAAGAAUGAAUCAUUCGAGACUGUUCCGCAUUUGGAUCUUUCGGCUCCUCACUAUUCUCCCAAUACACCGCAAGGUCACUACUACACUCCCCCUCCUUCGGGACCUAGCAGUCAGCAGCAGACGAUCUACAAUACCCGGUCCAAGGCUGUUCAGCCCUCCUGCACUGGCCCUUUCAUGGCAAACUUCCCGGACUUUCGUCGAUGCGGAAACCUACUUUCGUCCUUCAMCAUACCACACCCUGCGUGGGCAGUGUCAUACUAA